AUGCUCUCCUACCUCGCACUUGUUGCUUCUUUCUUCGCUCUGUCAAGUGCCCAGCAAUUUGGUCCCUACUAUUCUCUCGGAGCGACGAAUUCGUACAUCAUCGAGGCUACGACCACUCUCACCCCAAGCAAAGUGCCUAGCCCUGCUGCUGACAGACUAGCACUGUGGCCUGGCAUGGGGACCAAUGGUGGAGGACUAUACCAAUCCAUCGUACUCGCUGUGGCUGAUCCGGAGAGUGAGUGUGGCGGAUCGACGGGCCAGUGGUGUGCAUUUGCUAGCGUGUACAAUGGUGACCAAGUUAGUGGUGACUCCGUUCCCGUCGAUGCGAAUACUCCUGUAACAAUCAACUAUAAAUAUGAUGAGAGCACCGAGUCGUACACGCAAAAGGUUACAGUCGACGGAGAACUCAUCUCGACUAUCACUACUUCUGAUGGAAAGGCCAUUGGAUGGGUACGCUGGUUCCAUCUUCCCAGGACAGAAGACGCCUGCAACGGCACUUCUACUACCCACACGUACACGAACACAACUAUCGUCCUCGCGGAAGCUGAUUCCUCGUUUGGGAGCACUCUUGCGAUAAAUCUCGUUACCGCCUCCGAGUUGACCUCAGAGGACAACAUUACUUGGACUGUGGAGUCGAUAUCUGUCCCUGAGUAUAGCUGGUAG